GCGCAGACUAGCCAGCAAGCUAGCAGUCUCUGCCAGUCGUAGUCAGUCAGCUCGCGUUGUGUAAGUGACCGGUGACUCCUGCCUGCCGCCAGACACCCGCUCUGUGCUGUGGAUAGACUCUCCCCGUCUAUAUAGUACUUGGAUAUCAAGAGCUAAGGAGUAUCAGGACGUGAUGUAGCAGGGCCGACCGCCGCCAAACAGUUCUGCUGAGUAGAAGGAAAGGACAGAUGACGAUGACAGUACUCAAGAGACGCUCAGCAAGUCCAGUGCGGGGUGAAGUGUGUGGCAGUGUCGUGUUAUGAGACAGUGACAGUGACAGUGAGUGCAGUGAAGUGUGGACUAUGGCGAACACAGCGGUCUCAGUACACUCGUACCAGUCGGGGGAUCGCUGCUCCACCACCCACUCCCUCUACAAGGGCAGUGUCAGCAGCUGCAGCAAAUUGUCGGUGUGUGGCCGCGAGGACAAUCUCACCCCAAGGAUGUUCCUCGACCGCUACUCGCUCCCCAGGGUGGUGAAGAUCGUACCACAGGAGCCGGUGAGCGUGGACAGCGAGGAGGCCGGACCCAUGGCGCUGCUGCACGGACAGCUCCUCAUGUUCCGGCAGUACCGCAGUGGCAAGGUGGAGGCUCGCAGUGAGGUCAAGACGAAACACGGGUCGGACCUGGUGUCACUUGUCGUCAUCCCUGACACAUAUCAAGGAUGGUUCUCGGUGGUGACAGAGCGAGGUCAGGUAAAGGCCAGGUGUUACAACUCCGUCCACCGCCUAGUCUCCGCACAAGUCACCGCCUUCCUCACCAUGAGCGACAUUGUGGGCUACAGUCUCAACAACAGAACCAGUGCAGAUGGAACUAGGCAGCAGUAUACGAAGACCAACAUUAGGAGUGGUCAGGUGCUGAAACUGCUAGCCGUAUACCAAGACUUGGCCAACCAAUCAACUCGCAGCAAACGGCUCUCUUGGCCUCUUAUUGGUCGGACGGAGGCUAAUAGAUACGCUCAGUGCCUUACCAGUGGUGAUCAGGUGCUCUACAUCCCGGUGACUACACAUGGUCAGUUCUACGCUGUGGCAACAGCUAGUUCUGCCAAUGACGACACAGUCAGUAAGGUGUAUCAACUGUCCAAGCUGCUAAGGACCUUCCCUCUGCCUGUGCGAGUCUGUAUAAUCUCCAUGCAGAAACCGCAAGGCUCUAUGCUUCUUGAAACAUACAAGAAAGAAGAUGUAAUAUUGACUUGCAUUCUUCCACCUCGUGAUAAUGAAGAAUCCAGCAGUAACCACCAAUACCGCCUCCUGGAAAUUGACAUCAACUCCAGAUUCUAUGUACUUCGCUUUGGUCGCAGAGAAUCAGAUGAGCGAAGGCUUUUCCAGUCUCCUCUCGUCCAGAAUGCACUGAGAUUCUGCAGAGAGAACAGUGACAAGUGGUGUCGCCAGUUGAAAGUUAUUCACCAUAUUUACCCAAAAGAGCAUUUACUUAAAAAGCAAGAGACUCCGGAGAAAUCAACUAAACCUCGUAAAAUCUCUUUAGGUGACAAGAAGACAGUUAAAUCAGCGUCAUUCAGAUUUUCAGCUUCUAUGCCUGAAGAUCUGCGACCAAUCAACCGGCCACUACCAAGAAGACCUGACCAGGUGUCCAAACCACAGCCGCAGACCAGAAGUGAGGUAGAAGUCCAUGACAAUCAGCAUCUCUACUCCAAUGUAGCAGAAGAAGUAGAGGAGCCUCAGUCAUUGCGCCCACAAGUUGUAGCGGAACACCAGACCGUCUGGGCGACACCCAUACACAACACGUCCUUGGACAACAACUUGGGAAGGAGAGCUGAGAGGGAGUCGAGACCCACACCCACCCCGACCGUCAGCUCACUGGAUGACAGAUUGAGCGAGGACUUCAAAACUAAAAUAGUAGUGCAUGGUGUGCGAGUGCCUGGUUUUGAUGAGAACAAUUAUGCAGACAGGAACUCUAAAUAUAGAGUGGUUCGAAAACCUGUGAAUCCCCCAGAGGUAAGAGUGAAACCAUUCUACAAGACCCGUGUUCAGAUAGGGCCUGACUAUUCGGCAGGAUCUGACAUCCCAUACUCUGUAGUCGUCGAUCAGGUGUCCACAUCUGAAGACAAUGUUUAUGCUGAAAUUGGAGAUUCUUAUCCCACUCAUGACAGGAGAUAUUUUUCUUUUAACUACCAGCGUAGGUUACAUCACAGGUACGACUAUCAGACUGGAGGCAGUGAUGGUACAUUUUCUGGGACAACAACCUCUUCUUCCAAUGCAGAAGAGUCCUCUGUUUGACGUUUAACACUAAGUAAGACAAGAUUUGUAAAAAUACAAAUUAAAUAAUGUUACACAAGAAGUUGUUGUUAGCAUAACUAUAUGAAUUCGAAAACAAAACAGAAGAAAGCAAUUGACACAAAAAUAUGCCUAUUCAAAAAGAACAUCGUAACAAACAAAAUUAAUGCUUUGACUCCCAUGCCUCUUUCCUUACUAGCGAUCUUUGUCAAGCAGCUCUUGACUAUUCAGUAUUUCCAUGACAAAUAUGGCUGUUUUAAUAAAAAAAAGUACAAGAAUAAUCAUUUAUUAGUACAUUAAAGAUAAAGUAAUAUCUCUAAACCUAAGUUUUAGGAAAAGACAUACUACUUUACAUACUAAUAUGAAAAUGCUCAAUCAGUUUCAUAUUUUAAAUUCAAUUUUUUUUUUAAGUGAUAUACUUGUUUGUGAACUUUUGUUUUUUAUACACAUAAGGCAUAAUGUAGGUAAUUAGAGUUUUUUAUUAAAAAACUAUUUUUAUAUUUUCAAUUUUAUAAAUCUUUUAAUUAUUUACAAAUAAUUAAGUUUACUAUAGCAACACAAUAAACAAGCCAUAGCCACUUUAUCACAUUUGUAAAAAAAUCAAUAUUCUGCUGUAAAUAAUAUUCUUGGAUAUCUAUAAAACAAAUAUGAAAAAUACAUUCUUUUAUAUACACAAGAGAAAAUCUUGGCGUAACUCAACAACUUGCUGAUUACACCAGAUUCUGGACACUUUCUGCUAUUGGCGAGUGUAAUUUAGGGAGUAAUCAGUGAAUUAAUUAAGAUUAACUAUUACUGUACCAAGCAUUGAUGAAAUGAUUUAAACACAUACAUUUGAACUUCACUUUUGGUAAAGCAAAUGAACACUCUCAGUGUAUUGUUCCUAAACAGAUAAACGUCAAUGUCAGUAAAAAUAUGGAUUUAAAUUUAGUGAAAAGAAAUAAUAAAGAAGAACAAUAUAAUGAAAUUAAAUUAUAUGAGCUAUUUUACAAAUUUAAGUUCUUACUGUGUUUCUUAGGUUAAUGUAAAACUGAAUUUAUUCAAUAAAAAAUGACAUAUUGUACAAUGUGUAGAGAAAGUGCUCAACAAUAGCUUAGUGAGAAAGUCUGUAAAUACAAUAUAAAUAAAGAAUUUUGUACAUAUAUAUUCUAGUUUUAGUUUUUUUAGUUGGUUGCUAUUAUAUUAUGUCCAGGUCAGUUUCUGGUUCUAUUGUUUUAAAAUAAAAAGAGAGAAAUUUGUACAGAACCAAUGAAAAACAUCGAAGGAUUUCAUAAAACUAAGAGGGAACACUAGUUAGUUGUCAGUCUUGCAUCUGAGGUUCUCCUUUUAAAUGCAGGGCUUAAGUUCAAAACAGCUUUAUAAAUAGGGAUUCUUCUGAAAUCCAUAAAUGUUUUGCUAUAGAAACUUAUGUUCCAGUGUCUGAAUGCUAUUAAAUUGUAAAAAACAAAAUUGACUAUAAAUACUAGUGGUUUAUGAUUUAUACUCAGUAUAGAUUUUCCCAUAAGAAACUCUGUUGUAUAUAAAAAUUAUAUAUCAUUAGUAUUAAUAGAUAGUGUUUUACAACUCAUUAGCAAUGAAACAUUAAAAUCUAAGUUUCUAUAGUGAAACAUUUAUGGAUUUAAAAUUAAUUUCUACUUAUAACGUUAUUUUAAACUUAAGCCUCAAGUUAAAACUGGAGCUUCAGCUUUAGUGCUGUCCGCACUUCACUAACAUUUCCUCUUAACAGUACGAUUUGGGAUAAAACGAAGAAAUUACAACAUUAUUUCAAGGCAGUUUUUAUAAAUAAUACUUUCCCCCGCCUAAUGUAUAAAGUAAUUAUUUACUUCCUUAAGUAAAUUUACUUUACAACCUAAGGAUUAUCUCCCUUAGGUAAAGAAAAAUAAUUGAUUUAAUGUUGUAAGUAAUAAAACUAUGUUUGGUAACAAAAAACAUUCCAGAGCUAUGUAGGUCAUAUUAGAAAUAAUUGUUAUUUAAAAUGGAAUCCAGAUUCACACAACAAGCAUGUAUAGUUUAUUUAAUAAAUUGUACGUGGUGAAAAAUAUUUUGUGUCACAAGAGAAAAUGUACACUACUGAGCUGUUCCCAAGCCUUCGCCUCAUGCAGUCAAAAUUCUCUUUCAGGAUAUCAAAAUUGUUUUUCCUCACUUAAUAAACCAAUAACUAUUGAUAAAUUAGUCAUAUUAAUUUAUUUAAAAUCUUAACUUUUCUCAAAUCAUAAUUAGUUUUUAAAAGUUGGUAUUUUAUAAUGAUAUUUAUGACAAAAUAAAAUACAUUUUUAUUAUUAUAGGUAAUAAAUGUAUCAGUUGUACUGUAUUAUGUUGAAAAUGGAUAAAUCACAAAAUUCUACUAUACUUGAUCUAUUAUUCCUACUGAUUAAAGUUAAAUAUAACCUCAAAAUAAAUACAUAGUUCUGCUUUGUUUAUUUAGCCAGAUUUUAUAUUACCAUACACUAUUUUCUAUUUGUUACCAAAUAGUGUGUACACUUGUCAAAUUGUACAAUAAAAAAUAAAAAACUUUUCUUACAA